AAAGCAGUCGAACCAAUCAUUCGAUAAGAUGUGACUCGAAUAUCCAAGCUGUGUUAGAUGGCGUGGCACGUGGUAACAGCACCGAACAUGGUCCUUUUUGUUGGCAGCCAAACCAAACCAUCAAAAUCAUGUUACGAGCUGUCCUCCGUCAGAAAAAUCUAACAAAUGCUUCACGCUCCACAGUAAACCAAAGGAGUUUUGUUUCUACAGUUUUGCUCUCUCGAACUUGGGAAAAUGAGACCGUGGCUACUUUGCGUCAUGAAGCGAAAACCCGAGGUCUUUCGACCAAGGGUAACAAAUCUUCCAUCAUAAACCGCAUUCAGGAGUACGAAGAAUCUAGAACUGUUCCUUUUUCGCAGCCUACACCCGCCGCAUCUCGCAAUGCGUCUUCAUCUGCCACUCCACCGCAAGCUGCAUCCCCAGGAAUACCACCUGCAUCGCAGCCCGCGAGUGCAUCAGUGACACCCGACUAUUUGUCGGUCAGAUUGCCUGACCUCUCUCAAGAUGGGCCAUGCGCACCCGUUCAAACACCCUUCGUCCCCGAUUUUUGGGAUUCAUCCAGUCCGAAACCUGAGCCCAUAGAACCUUCUCACCCAAAAUUGCACGUCGUUUCGGGGUCUGCGACACAUCCUGAUGGUGGUCCCACCUACAAUCUUGAAAAGCCUCACGAGGAAGCGGUCGUUACGGAGGAAGUGGCCGCUAUUAAACCUGGAGUGGAUGCCGAACUUGCGGUUGAAUCUGGUGUCUUCCGUGACCUGGCUAAUGACCUGGGGCUGCCGCGGGCUUUCCGAGUUGGCGAGGCGGUCUCGAAUGUGGUUCAGGCUGUCAAGGAGAAAGGGCCGGAUGUGCACGCAAAGUCUAGGCCCCUCAAUAAUGAGCAAACCAGAGGAGUUUGGGUCCUGCUCGGUUUACUUGCAGGGUCAUGGAUCGUCGGAGGGUGGGUGAAUCGCGCGCGUUCUGUGCCUGAAGUGCACAGCACGGAGGAAGACAAGCACUAGGAUUUCUUAAUGGGUCGACGGUUGUGCGGACAUCAUCCCUGCAUGUGGCACUGUAGACGUCUAUCGCAACGUCGUACGUAGAGACUC